CGCACCACCACCACCCUGCUUCCUCUCGAGACACAGAGAAAAUUGAUCCCCUGUAAAAUGGCGAACAUAGUCCGGUUCCUUGGAAUUCUUUUCCUUCUUCUCAUCCUCUCAGCAUCUGCCAUUGCCAAACACAAAGAAGACAACGACGACAACGACGGCAAAGGUGACGGCGAUGAUGACAGGAAAGAUGACGCCGACCACCACCACCACCACCGCAGCGAUAAAGAAGGCGGCAAAGCCGUCAAAGGUGUGACCUAUGAUGGCCGCUCACUGAUCAUUAAUGGGAGGAGAGAGCUUCUCUUCUCGGGCUCGAUCCAUUAUCCCCGGAGUACUCCUGAGAUGUGGCCCGAAAUCAUCAACAAGGCCAAGCAUGGGGGGUUGAAUGCAAUCGAAACUUACGUGUUUUGGAACAUCCAUGAGCCUGUGCAAGGACAGUUUAAUUUCUCGGGGAGGUACGACUUGGUGAGAUUCAUCAAGGUGGUCCAGGAGGCUGGAAUGUUCCUGAUCCUCAGGAUUGGUCCCUACGUCGAAGCUGAAUGGAAUUUUGGGGGGUUCCCAUACUGGCUCAAAGAGAUCCCAGGAAUGAUCUUUCGAACAGACAAUGAACCCUUCAAGGACCAUAUGCAGAAAUUUGUAACAAUGAUCGUGGAAAAGAUGAGGAGCGAGAAGCUAUUUGCUCCACAAGGAGGUCCCAUCAUUCUAGCACAGAUCGAGAAUGAAUACAACAACGUGGAAGCUGCCUUCCAAGAAGGUGGCCUGAGAUAUGUUAAAUGGGCAGGCGAAAUGGCCCUUAGUCUCAAUGCUGGUGUACCAUGGGUGAUGUGCAAGGAAAAGAAUGCACCCGGUGCAGUGAUUAAUACAUGCAAUGGAAGGAACUGUGGAGAUACUUUCACAGGCCCCAACUCUCCAAACAAACCUAGCCUCUGGACUGAGAAUUGGACAGCUCAGUACAGAGUAUUUGGUGACCCACCAUCUCAAAGAGCAGCCGAAGAUCUUGCAUAUGCCGUCACACGUUUCUUCUCUGCAAAAAAUGGCACACUUGUAAACUACUACAUGUAUCAUGGAGGAACCAAUUUCGGAAGGGAAGGUUCUGCAUUUGUGAUGACUCGAUACUAUGAUGAAGCCCCUCUGGAUGAAUACGGUCUGUACAAGGAGCCCAAAUUUGGACACCUAAGGGACGUGCAUCAUGCAUUGAGAUUGUGCCGGAAGGCUUUAUUUUAUGGGAACCCCUCUACCCAAAAUCUGGGGAAAGGUUAUGAGGUUGUGAUAUUUGAGAAGCCUGAGAGAAAGGUUUGUGCUGCUUUCCUCACAAACACCAACCCAAGAAUAGAUGGGACUGUGAACUUCAGAGGUGUAGAAUACUCUCUGCCUCGCCGUUCUAUCAGUAUCCUACCGGAUUGUAAGACCGUAGUCUUCAACAGUCAGAGGACAAUGGCUCAGCACAAUGCAAGGACAUUCCAUACGGCGAAAGAAACCACUGAGAAGAACAAAUGGUGGAUGUAUCAAGAAUAUAUCCCAAAAUUUCGUGAUACCAAAGUUACCUCAAGGCAGCCCUUGGAACUAAUGAACAUGACCAAGGACACUACAGACUAUCUGUGGUACACCACAAGCUUUAAGUUGGACAGUGAAGAUUUACCCAUGCGUCAUGACAUCCGCCCGGUGCUCCAAGUGUCCAGCCUUGGUCAUGCAAUACAUGCCUUUGUCAAUGGCUUUUACAUAGGAACCGGACAUGGGAGCCAUGUCGAAAAAAGUUUUGUGUUCACAAAGCCAAUGGAUCUAAAUCGAGGAUAUAACCACAUUACCAUUUUGGGAUUGACAAUUGGAUUGCCGAAUAGCGGAGCAUACUUGGAACAUAGACUUGCUGGUGUUCACACUGUAGGCAUCCAAGGUCUCAACGCUGGGACUUUGGAUUUGUCAAACAACCGGUGGGGGCAUCGGGUGGGAUUGGAUGGAGAAAGGUUGGGUAUCUUCACUGAGGAGGGACUGAAAAAUGUUCAGUGGACGGAGGCUAAGAGUGACACGCCAGCCACAUGGUACAAGAGAUAUUUUGAUGCUCCCAGAGGAAAUGACCCGGUCUCUCUAAAUAUGACCAGCAUGGGGAAAGGACGGGCAUGGGUCAAUGGCGAGUGCAUCGGCCGUUACUGGGUGUCCUACCUCGAUCCUUAUGGAAAGCCUUCUCAGUCAACGUACCAUGUCCCCCGCUCCUGGUUGAAGCCAAAAGACAACCUUCUUGUCCUCUUUGAAGAGCAAGGAGGGAAGCCAGAGGACAUAAUAAUCAUGACCGCAAAGAGGGACAACAUCUGUGCCUUUGUCUCCGAGGACCAUCCUCCCAGUGCCAGGUCAUUUCAAAUGAAGGGCAAUAAGCUCCAGACUAUCGAAGAUGCCAAGCCAAAGGCUCACUUGAAGUGUGACAGCAAGAAGGUGAUCCAGGCCAUUGUCUUUGCUAGCUUCGGGAACCCCACUGGACCAUGUGGCAACUACACCAUCGGGUCUUGUCAUGCACCACAGACUUGGAGCAUCAUUGAGAAGGAAUGCUUGGGGAAGAGUUCCUGUGUGUUACCAGUUUCAGCCCAAGCCUAUGGGGCAGAUCCCAAGUGCCCUGGCACAACAAACACUCUCACAGUCCAAGUUAAAUGUGCGAAGAAGGACAAUGCUGCAGGUGAUGCAGGAAAUAUUGGGUGAUAUGCUGGUUCUUAGACUACUUUUAUUUGAGAAUCUUGUUAUGAGAUGUAACAAUGAAACCCAAGUGGGUCACAUUACAUUUCAUUCUGAGCAAUAUACUACAAUAAUUGGGGAAUGAAUCUGCUCAUCAAUGAUGAGAUUCUCUUC